CAUAAUAAGUUUUACCAAUACAAAGGCCAAUGCAUUUUUAGCUUUUGGAAAACUAGCCGUUAUAGGGUUUUUAGUUGUAUGUAGUAAAGGGGAGGGAGCCUUCUGAAUAUGGUGCCACACAGACCUGACACUUUUUCAUGUCUCCCAAUAAACUUUUCACAGAUUCCUUCAUAUUAGCUCUAUGUGCUCCACUUCACGUGCAGCUCCUCUUACUACAAAAUCUUCUUGUAGUGUGAACUCUACUGUUUAGUUUCAAAUUAGGAAGAGAAAAUAUCUUGUUCAAUUCUAGAACCCUUAGUCUCUCAGUUAGGUAAGUGGUAAUGGGAGCUAAAGAUCGAAUUUUUAGUAGUUUUGAACCAUACCCAUUUCGAGUUAACAAGUUUUUAACUCAACAAGGAGCUUGGAGAAGCAUUAUUUCUGAUAAAAACAAGGAAAAAUGGAAGAUUGAAGCUGGUUUUUCUUGUUGUUCAAAAAGGUUCUUUCUAUGUACCCAAAUUUUCUUGUUAUUUCAGCUACUAAUUUCUGGAAUUCAGCCAGCUUUAGGUCAGGAUUGGGAUGGUAUAAUUAUAACUCAAGCUGAUUUUCAAGCACUUGAAGCAUUUAAGCAAGAAUUGGUUGAUCCAAGAGGGUUCUUGAGGAGCUGGAAUGACAGUGGAUUUGGAGCUUGUUCUGGUGGUUGGCUUGGUAUUAAAUGUGCUCAAGGACAAGUCAUUGUAAUCCAGCUUCCUUGGAGAGGUUUAGGUGGUAGAAUUACUGAAAAAAUUGGCCAAUUUCAAGCUCUUAGAAAGCUCAGUCUACAUGACAAUUUCAUUGCUGGUUCAAUUCCUUCUACUUUGGGGCUCUUACCCAAUCUUAGAGGACUUCAACUCUUCAACAAUAAGUUCUCUGGUUCUAUUCCUUCUUCUCUUGGAUUUUGCCCUCUUCUUCAAACACUUGAUUUGAGUAAUAAUUCAUUGUCUGGUACAAUUUCUGCUAGUCUUUUUAAUUCAACUAAGCUUUAUAGGCUUAAUGUUAGCUAUAAUUCUUUGUCUGGCUCAAUUCCCACAAGUAUCACACAAUCUCCUUCCCUCAUUUUCCUUGACCUCAAAUAUAACAAUAUUUCAGGCUCUAUUCCAAGUGAUAUUGGGAGGCUCUCUAGGCUUACAACACUUGAUUUGUCUUUCAAUGCCAUUAAUGGAAGCUUGCCCAAAAGCUUCUCCAAUCUAUCAUCACUUGUGUUGUUGAACUUGGAAAGUAACCAACUUGAUAACCAAAUCCCAACAGCCAUAAACAAGUUGCAAAAACUGUCCAUUCUCAACUUGAGGAAUAACCAUUUUGGUGGUGAUAUUCCUGUCACUAUUGGAAACAUUUCUGCUCUUAGACAACUAGAUUUAGCUCAUAACAAUCUAAGUGGACAAAUCCCAGCUUCUCUAGGUGAUUUACCAAAUCUUAGUUCCUUCAAUGUCUCAUAUAACAUUCUGUCUGGACCUGUUCCAACCAAUCUUGCUCAGAAAUUCAACUCAAGUGCCUUUGUGGGUAAUCUUCAGUUAUGUGGGUACAGUUCUUCAACCCCAUGUCUAAUUACCCCGGCAGCUCCAGCCCCCUUAACACCAAGAAAACGGGGUCGUAAACUAAGUACUAAGGAUAUCAUUCUCAUAGCAGGAGGGGCUCUUCUCAUAAUCUUGGUUCUACUAUGUUGCAUUCUCCUAUGCUGCUUGAUUAGGAAAAGAGCAGCAGCUAAAGCAGCAAAGGAUGGUGAAGCCACUGGUAGGGCAGCGGGUGCAGCAGCUAGAGGUGAAAAGGGUAUUCCACCAACUGCUGGAGAAGUUGAAGCAGCAGGAGAUACAGGAGGAAAGCUUGUCCAUUUUGAUGGACCUAUUGUGUUCACAGCAGAUGAUCUUCUAUGUGCUACCGCCGAAAUAAUGGGGAAGAGCACUUAUGGUACAGUGUACAAGGCCACGUUAGAGGAUGGCAGUCAAGUGGCUGUGAAAAGAUUGAGAGAGAAGAUCACAAGAAGUCAAAGGGAAUUUGAGACUGAAGUCAAUAUUCUUGGAAAGAUUAGGCAUCCAAAUCUUCUGGCCCUUAGAGCAUAUUAUAUGGGUCCCAAAGGAGAGAAACUUCUUGUUUUUGACUAUAUGCCUAAAGGAAGUUUGGCUACUUUUCUUCAUGCUCGCAGCCCUGAUACACCGAUUGAUUGGGCAACAAGGAUGAGAAUAGCAAAGGGUACAGCAAGGGGCUUGCUCUUCCUUCAUACAAAUGCCAACAUCAUUCAUGGGAAUCUUACAUCAAGCAAUGUUUUACUUGAUGAAAACACAAAUGCAAAGAUUGCAGAUUAUGGUCUAUCGCGCCUCAUGACUGCUGCUGCAAAUGCAAAUGUGAUUGCAACUGCUGGAGCACUUGGCUAUCGGGCACCUGAACUUUCAAAGCUCAAAAAAGCCAACACGAAGACAGAUGUAUAUAGCCUUGGUGUUAUCAUACUGGAACUUCUAACUGGGAAGUCACCAGGAGAGGCAAUGAAUGGUGUAGAUUUGCCUCAGUGGGUUGCUUCAAUUGUGAAAGAGGAAUGGACCAAUGAAGUGUUUGAUCUAGAACUAAUGAGGGACGCGUCUGUAAUCGGUGAUGAACUACUAAAUACUCUGAAAUUGGCAUUGCACUGUGUUGAUCCUUCACCAUCAGCUCGACCAGAAGUUCAGCAAGUUCUCCAGCAAUUGGAAGAAAUUAGACCUGAAACAGCUACCAGUUCUGGCGAUGACGGUGCUGCAGCUCCCUCAGCAAGUGAUGAUUAGAUACUAGAUUUCUGAUCUAAGUAAUUUUUAGGAAGAUGUUUAGGAGUUAGAUGCCACGAUUCUUUCAUUCUUGAAUUGGGUUGGUCAAGAGAGUGAUUUUGUUUACUGUCUGUAAAUACUACCCAAGUGUGUGCUACUCCAUUUGUUUUUGUUAUUUUGAGCGGCAAUGGAAUCCUCCUAAUUUCCAUAA